CUUCCAAAUUCACAAUCUCCUAAUUUUCCCAUCUCUUCAAAUUUAAAGCAUGGGUCAGACCAGAGCAUCCUCCCCUGCAAGCAAUUUCUGGCAUCCUCCAUGGGGACCCAGAUAGAAAUUCCUGCACAAGAUGAAGAAGAACACAUUUUCCGAAGUCGAUACCCUCCGGUGAACGUUCCGGACGACGUCACGCUGCCGGAAUUUGUGCUCCAACAUGCUGAACUGUAUGCUGAGAAGGUGGCAUUUGUGGAUGCUGCGACCGGAAAAGAGUGUACUUAUGGUGAAGUGAUUAGGGACACAAGGAGGUUUGCUAAGGCCUUAAGGUCUCUUGGGCUGAGGAAGGGAAAGGUAGUGGUGGUUUUGCUUCCCAAUGUGGUGGAGUAUGCCAUAGUUGCUCUGGGAGUAAUGGCCGCCGGUGGUGUUUUCUCGGGGGCCAACCCUUCGGCUCAUGUGUCGGAAAUCAAGAAACAAGUGGAGGCUGCUGAUGCAGCUCUGGUUGUCACAAAUGCAACACUCUUUGAUAAGGUUAGAGCUCUGGGGCUGCCAGCCAUUGUGCUGGGCGAUUCGGGACACGUGGAAGGCGCGAUGAAUUGGAACGAACUACUCGAGGCAGGGGAUCGUGCCAGCACGAGUACUACCACGAAUGAGAAAAUUCACCAAUCUGAUCUAUGUGCACUUCCAUUCUCGUCAGGCACCACAGGAGUUUCAAAGGGAGUGAUGCUAACCCACAGGAAUCUGGUGGCUAACCUAUGCUCCACACUCUUUAGUGUUGGACCGGAGAUUGUCGGUCAGGUUACCACGUUGGGCCUAAUGCCAUUCUUUCACAUAUACGGGAUCACCGGAAUAUGCUGCGCCACACUCCGGAACAAGGGGAAGAUUGUGGUGAUGGGGAGAUAUGAACUCAGGACGUUUCUGAAUGCUUUGGUCACACAAGAAGUCACAUUUGCACCCAUUGUGCCACCAAUAAUUUUGUCGCUGGUUAAGGAUCCUAUAGUGGAGGAAUUUGAUCUCGGAAAGAUCAAGCUCAGGGCAGUCAUGACGGCGGCAGCCCCGCUUGCACCGGAGCUUCUCACUGCCUUUGAAAAUAAGUUCCCCGGCGUGCAGGUCCAAGAGGCAUAUGGACUCACUGAGCACAGCUGCAUUACUCUGACCCAUGGAGACCCAACUAAAGGCCAUGGCAUUGCGAAGAGAAACUCAGUUGGGUUUGUUCUUCCAAACUUGGAAAUCAAAUUCGUCGAUCCUGACACUGGUCGAUCUCUCCCCAAAAACACCCCUGGUGAAAUUUGUGUUAGGAGCCAAUGUGUAAUGCAAGGCUACUAUAAUAACAAGGAGGAGACGGAGAGGACCAUAGACAAGAAUGGAUGGUUGCACACUGGGGACAUAGGGUACAUAGACGAUGAUGGAGAUGUGUUCAUAGUUGAUAGGAUGAAGGAGUUGAUCAAAUACAAGGGUUUCCAAGUUGCUCCAGCGGAAUUGGAAGCUAUCCUCUUGACUCAUCCUUCGGUUGAAGAUGCAGCAGUUGUGCCGUUGGCAGAUGAAGAAGCAGGGGAGGUCCCAGGGGCAUGUGUGGUGAUGAACCAAAACUCAAAGGAGAGUGAGGAAGAUAUAAUGAAGUACGUUGCUUCCAAUGUUGCAAAGUACAAGAAACUCAGAGUGGUGCACUUUGUGGACUCCAUCCCCAAGUCUCCUUCUGGCAAAAUCAUGAGAAGGCUUCUCAGGAAAGGAAUGGAGGAGAGGAUGGUCCUGCUGACCAAUCACAAAGCUCCCUGAACUCUCUCUCUCUCCUCCUCGGAAAUUAUAGAAUGUAUCUAUCCCUCCACUUGUCCAUGUGCUUACUGUUUUGAUGACAAACACAUAGCGAGUGGAUCCCGCUUUCUAAAAUAUCAUAAUUAUCAGGAGUGGACUCAUCCGCUACUUGUCUUACAUCAA